GUCUCUCUAUCAGUAGAGAGAGACAGGCUCCAGCAGCAGGUGGAUCAGCUGGAACAGAGUCUGUCUGCAACACACGGAGACCUGGAGCUGCUGAGCAGUGAGACAGAUGAGGACUCAGACGAGGACACUGAGGACGAGGUGCGACAGGAUGCAGCCGGUCUGCUGGCUCAGAGGAACCUGAUCCAGGCUGAGAUCCAGGACCUGGAGCACUACCUGGGUCCUGUCUCUGUGUCAGGUGUGCAGAGUGAUCUAGGCCUGUCCCUGUCGGUGGACUCGUGUCUUCAGAUGAACAUGGUUUACCAGCAGGUCGUUCAAGAGACGCUCAACCAGCUGGAGACACUACUGACCAACAACCACAGACAGCAGAAGGAGCUCCUGUGUCAGUUGUCUGGACCAAUCAAAGAGCCUUCUAAUGAACAGCCCGCCUCCACCUCCUACCAGAAGCCAAUCAGCAUGUACCUCGGCCGCUUCCUCAAACCGUACUUCAAGGACAAGCUGACGGGACUGGGUCCUCCGCCCAAUCAGGAGACGAAGGAGAAGGCGAGCCGGAUGACGGGCUGCUUGGACGACAAGAGCCUGAAAGUUAAACGAUGGGAGAGCUGGCAGAAGAACCUGCUGAUCCACUCAGUGACCAGAGACCGUCUGAGGAGGCUGAUCCAACCCAAACUGUCCAAGGUGGACUAUCUGACUCAGAAGCUGAAGACGGCGAAUCAGACAGACGGGCAGCAGCUCAGAGAGCAGAUCGACAGUUUGGAGAGAGACAUGGAGCUACUCAGGUGGAGGAAGGAGGACGAGCUGAUUGGUGAUCGGUAUGAAGACCACGACUGGCAGAAGAUCUCUAAUAUUGACUUUGAAGGAACGAGGGAUGGGGAGGACCUUCGUUGUUUCUGGCAGAACUUUCUCCACCCGUCAGUGACUAAGAGUCGAUGGAGUCAGGGGGAGGUUCAGCAGCUGAAGGAGAUCAGCAGGAAACAUGAGGAGACGCACUGGGAGGCCAUCGCCCAGCACCUGGGGACUGGGAGGACAGCCUUCAUGUGUCUUCAGACCUUCCAGCGGUCCGUCUCCACCUCGUUGAAACGCAGCAGUUGGAAUCCGACUGAAGACGAUCAGCUCAGAGAACUAGUGGACAAGAUGAGGAUUGGAAACUUCAUUCCCUACACACAGAUGAGUUACUUCAUGGAAGGUCGUGACCCUUCACAGCUGAGCUACAGGUGGAACCAGGUUUUGGAUCCAAGUCUGAAGAAAGGACCAUGGACCAAGGAUGAGGAUGAGCUCUUGCGGCAGGCUGUCCAUCGUCAUGGGGAGAAGAACUGGUGGAAGAUCAGGUUGGAGGUUCCUGGACGCACUGACAGCGCCUGCAGAGACAGAUAUCUUGACAGUUUGAAGGUGGGAACAAAGAGAGGAGGCUUUGACGCACAUGAGCGACAGUUGUUGGUGCAGCUGGUGGAGAAACAUGGAGUUGGCCGCUGGGCAAAGAUCGCGGCUGAGAUCCCAAACCGGUUUGAUGCUCAGUGUCUGAGAGAAUGGAGGAAGUUGACGAGACCACCUGCUCAGAAAAAACCCAGAGCUAAACGUCCAGAGAGGAAAGACGGGACAAAGAAGACGAAGGCCAAGAGGAACAUCAAGAGGCGACUGGUGAAAAUCAAGGAGGAGGACAGCAGUGAGGAGGAGGAGGAGGAGGAGGAGAUCAUGGUGGAGUACAUGGACAGUGAUGACGAGAAAAAGAGGAAGAAAAAGAAGAUGAAAACGGAGGUGGUGGAAGUGGAGAGGACUGAGGAGGUGGAGAGGACUGAGGAGGUGGAGAGAACUGAGGAGGUGGAGAGGACUGAGGAGGUGGAGAGGACUGAGGAGGUGGAGAGGAUCGAGGAGGUGGAGAGGACUGAGAAGGAGAAGGAGGAAAAGCAGUACACCUUCCCCCCUAUGCAGGAUUGGAUUCCAGCAGAAAAAGCUCAGAAUUCGUCCUUCCUGAGCUUUCAGCCAGCGGUCCUGCAGUCCUCCAGUGGCGACCACUCCGGAGAACGUGUCAGGUCAACCAUCCUGGGCCAGUUCGGACGCUCCGUGAUCAUCGGCCCAAAGCCUCGAGUGCUGCAGAGGGAGGAGCGCCACGACAGCAGCACCAUGAUGAUGGUGUCACCUGACCAUCUGCGAACCUUCCUGUGCAACCAGGCCAACGGCUUAAAGAAGUCACAGGCGGGGAACCAGCCGGGCCGGGUGACGGACGCGGUGCUGCGCUACGAGCUGCAGGCUGCCAUAACGCCGUGGAUCGGCAACCUGCUGAUUCCAGCAAUAGCUCGACCGACGGUAGCCGAUGCCCUGAGAGAGCACGGGGAGAAGGUCCAGCUCACCUCCACAGUCUUCUUUCAGGUCUUCCUGCAGACCCUGAAUGUGGACACUGUGGGCUGCAAGGAGAUGAUCGAGCAGAGGAGGAGAGGGGUGGUGCUGCUGUCUCGGUCCCCUCCUUCCGAACGGUUGAAGGACCCAAAGACAGUCUCAGGAAUGCUGCAGCAGAGGAGGAUGAUGCAGCAGGACCUGGACCAGAAGCACAAACUGGCCUCAGAGCAUCUGCAGCUGGUGCAGCAGAAGCAGGUCCGACCGCAGAAGCAGCUCGUACUACUGCAGCCGCCUCCUCCUGCUCGCCUCCUACCUACACCUCAGAACCUUCCUGGUUUUCGCCCUCAGAUGCCCCCUACCACACAUCCUCAGAUGGUUCCUCUGUCGGUUCAUACCGUCUUCCUGCCUCCUCCCGUCCUUCAACCUCAGCAAGCCUGUGGCGCCUCCAUCCAGCCCACCCCCCCCACCCCCUCCCUGGCCACGCCCCCUCCUGGGGGGGUUGUUGCUGCCCCUCCUGUCUCUGUUGCCCCGAUGCUCUUGAAUGCCACAUCCAACCCCUCCCACAAAGAAGUCGGACCCUCGACUCAAACCUUAAAACCAGUCCCGCCCCCUUCGUCUGAUCAGCCUGUUUCUUUUGGCUCUACAGUAACCAAUCAGCUGGCUGUUCCCUCCUCCCUGACCAACCCCCCUCCUCCCACCGUAACUGAAGCUCCUUCUCUUGCACCUCCUUCUCUUGCACCUCCUUCAGAACCUCCAACAUCACCCACCUCCCUUCCAACCAAUCAGCAUGCUCCCUCCUCCACAUCCAUCCUACCUACUCCUGUCCCUAAUGACCAUGACUACACCUUCCUUAAACAUAACUCCACCCCAAUCGACCCCAGCUCCUCCCCUGCCCCGCCUCCCAAAGCCUCGCCCAGAGGGAGGAAACCAGGGAGGAAACGGAGGAGGCGGGGGGAGCAGAACGAGGGCGGCGCUUCUGUUGCUGUGAUCCAGAACAGGAAGAGAGUUCAGAAGCCGAGUCAGAAAGCCAGAGAUCAGCAGGAAGCUACUGAAGCUACAGUAGCACCUCCUCCUCCUCCUCCUCCUGCUGCUGACUCCUCCUCUGCCCCGCCUCCCAAAGCUCCACCCAGACGGAGGCGGGGGCAGCGGAGCAGGACCAGUGACAGCGAGGACGGAGCGUCUGUUGGUGUGAUCCAGAACGGGAAGAGAGUUCGGAAGCCGAGUCAGAAAGCCAGAGAUCAGCAGGAAGCUACGAAAGCCAAGACUGAAGCUAAGAAGAGAGCUCCUGCGCGUCCUCUCAGGCCGCAGCUUCCUGGUUUACUUCCUGGUCAGAUGUUGGUCAUGACACCGGGGGGGCUUGUCCCGAUGAAGUUGGUUGUCAAGCUGCCACGUCUCCUUCCUGCCCCCCCCUCCCUUCAUCCCACCCCCCUUUUGCCUCCCCCAAAACUCUUCCUGCCGUAUAGAGGAACUAUCAGAGCCGACCCGGCGGUGCCCCCUCCCCUCAGGAGGGAGGCGCUGCAGUUCGACACCUCCCUCAUGUUCCAGGAGCCCCGAGCGGAGGUGUGUGAUUGGCUGAGCGGGCGAGGGGGGGUGCAGGUACCUGGCCGGGGCGUGUCGCUGCCGUACCUGCCCCCCUCCGUCAGCAGCCUGAACACGCUCGGCGAGCUGCUGCGAGUCCAGAAGUCUCUGACCAAGUCGUCUCUGCAGCUGCUGAGCCGCUACGCCGAACCCAGGAACCCCUGCAGCCCCCCCCCACCACCUGCAGCCAGGAACACCUGCAGCCCCCCCCCACCACCUGCAGCCAGGAACACCUGCAGCCCCUCCCCACCACCACACCUGCCUGACUCCACCUCUGACCUCACACCAGCCGAGGACAGGCCAGCCCCCACUCCAGAGGAAGAGGCGGAGCUUGUGGUGGCGGUUCGUCAGCUGGUGACGGAGCGUUUCGCAGGAAAUCCCGCCUACCAGAUGUUGAAGGCCCGCUUCCUGUCGUGCUUCGCUGUUCCCGCCCUCCUCGCCACCGUGCAGCCAAUCACAGUGAAGACUGGGACCCACCCAGCCAAUGAGGAGGAGGAGGAGGAGGAGGAGGAGGAUGAAGAGGAGAAACUGAAGAGAUUCAAAGAAAGACUGAAAAACAGGAGAGCGGAGAAAUCUGAGCUGUGUGACGAGUCAGGAGCUCCAGCCAAUCAGCACGCAGGAUUAUCAGAGCCAACGUGACCUGCUCACAC